UGCGUGGCUUUUGGGCCGCCCCUCGCGAUGCUUGGAAUGUAUUGGCCAAAUUGGAAUACGAACUUGGGAGGAGGAUUAGAUUCUAAGGCGUUCAUGAAGUGCGCCUGGGAUUUGGUGUGACAGAUUCAUGCGUGCAUCGGUUUGUCCGCUACAGUAGGUUCUUUGGUGUCGGGGAACGGCGUGCUGUCUUUACUUGUCAGACUAUAAAUCUGUGUUAAUUCCCACAUCAGCAGAAUGUGCAAAAACAAAGGCUGCAUCAAGCAUAACUAUCUCUUUUUUAAGUUGAUUUUUCUGCAACUAUGUUUGCCAACAUGGACCGUCAGAUUUCUUAUACCGGACCUCUCCCAAGCACCACUUCAAAACUUCAUCAUUUGCCCCAAAUAGAUCCCCUCUUUUCACUCCCAUCAGUGCCCUAUACAUCCACCUUAAAACCACAUACCACUCCCAUGAAUCACCCCCUCCCACCAAAGCCACCUGUUUCCAAGAAUUUCAUUUCUGGAAGCUUCGCGCCUCCCCACGCCUCAGCGACAGCGCCAAGAAACGCAAAGGGGAAAGGCAACAGCAACACUGGCGAGAAUAUGGGCAAACUGCAUACAAAACGUGCAGUCUGCCGUGAUACGGCAAUCAGAUCUCCCGUGAACACGCUUGGCAUAUCCAAAGCCGCCUCCCAGAUCAAAGUCCACGGACGCGACGACCUUGAACUUAUUGACCGUAUGCUCGAUGAUCUCAAAAGCCUCGAUGAACUUGAUGACCUGCCACACCCGGAUACCUUAUUCUCCUUCUCACAGAAAGAUGAUAAUUUGCACAAUAAAUCCCCGGGAGAGCCCCUGGGCACCGCACAACUCUACACCUGGCCCUCAGAUAUACAACGAUCAUAGCUCUCCAGGGAAAGCCAAUCAAGGCGCCUACAAUAUCGAAUGUACUCCCCCGUCACUU